AUGACGCUGGGAGAAAUAACUAGCAAGACUCUGAGGUCUUCCAAAACAGGCUUCCUGUUUUUUCUACUAAUGCAAAUGAGUCUGCUGUGUGUAGUGAGGCCUCAGGAUCCCAUCACAGCAGCAUCUACAACAUCAUCAUCAUCAUCAUCUUCUUCUGCUUCAUCAUCAUCAUCAUCAUCAUCAUCUCAGUCUGCCAGUACAGGUCUGAGCUCCUCUACUGGACAGACCACAUCUAUGGCCACGUCUGUCUCUUCAGUGACAGCGACUUCAUUUAGCGCAAACACUUCUGCUAACUCAACGCUGUUAUCUGGCAACAGUACAGAUAAUGCAACAACAGGAAAUUUCUCUAUGACAUCAUGUCCAGCAUUUGUUUGCACUUCAGAUUGCUACAACCAGUACAUCAAUACAACGGCGAAGCCUUGCCCAUUGAAUUCUAACUUCUGUGAGAUAACAAUCAAAUCGGACGCUAGUUACUCCGUCGGCUGCAGUAACAUGUGUGGUAUGUCCUGUGGGAACACGACUCUAAGUAAUUGCACUGUGAGCUGCUGCAACACAACCAACUGUCUCUACAACACUGUGCGUAACAUCUCCAAUCCGUACAGCACUGCAGCAACAACGUCCAGCAGCACUACUACAACCACGAAGACCACUGCCGCAGCCACCCCAGCAAACAAUGGCAAGAAGUGUAGUAUCAUCAACUGUAAUGGAGCAGCGUGUUACAAAACCGCACAGAAUACACCAAACUUCUGUCCCGUUGGGCAGGAUUAUUGCAUGCUGAAGAAGACAGUCUCUGGCACGACCGAGAACUGGGAGGCUGGCUGCAGUACAGAUUGCAGAAAGAUGACCGCUUGCUCCACCUCCGUCACUGGCUCCUGCUACCUGGAGUGCUGUAACGCCACUGCCAGCACCUGCCUGAAGCUGACAGGUGAUGUGAACAUGCCCAGCUCCGCCACCAGAGGCCCUCAGUCUCCCGCGCUCCUCAUAACCUCCAUACUGCUCUUCUGGAUAGUCAGAGUUUUUUAGUCUGAGUCCAGCAAAGUCACGUUUAAAGGCAUUCUUCACCCAAAAACUAAAAAUUUGAUUUACUAGAAGUAAACCACAGAUUUAUUUGAGUGUCUUUCCUCUGUUGAACGCAAAAGCUGGAAACUGGUAACCAUUAACUUCCAUUUUUUCAGGCUUAGGGCUCUAUCAUACACCUGGCAGAAUCCAAUGCCAGGCACUAAGCAAGUGUUUUUUUUUUUUUUGGUAGUUUAACUCUAGCUCAGGUAUCUUUUUUACGUUCUGUGUCAUGUUGUUUGAAUAGCAUAUAUAUUUGCGCGCUAUUUGUGCACCCAUGAGUUAAGGUUCAUUGUUGACAUGUUUCUAGUUUGAACUUAAAUAGACCGUGCCAUUAACAGCCAACUAAAAUCUGCUCUAAAGUCAAUGACACAGUUUGUAUUUUGUUAUUUAAGGAGUGUGUUCGUGAUAGUUGGGUCCACAACACGGAUACACUUUGCUUAUUACAGACACAGGGAUGCGCAGCAGCACACAAACAUGUCAAUAAAAAUGCCUACAUGUCAUAAUGGAUAGUCGUUGCAUGGAUCAAACAAAACUAAUCAAGACAAUAAGAACAAUAUUAGGACAAUAGUGUAUUUGCAGCCAUUUGUGCACCCAUGGGUUAAGGCUCAUUGUUGGCAUGUUGCUAUUUUGAGGCAACUAAAAUAGACCGCGACCUUGACAGUCAACUAAAAGCAGCUCUAAAGUCAAUGACACAGUUUUUAUUUUGUUAUUUAAGGAGUGUGUUAGUGAUAGGCGGGUCCAGCACAUGCAUACACUUUGCUUAUUACAGACACAGGGAUGCGCAGCAGCACACAAACAUAUUAAAAUAUGACAAAUUCAAGAAUUAAAAUGUUGAAGAUUAUUACUGUCAAUAAAAAUGCCUACAUGUCAUAUUGGAUAGUCGUUGCAUGUAUCAAACAAAACUAAUCAAGACAAUAAGGACAAUAUUAGAAAAAAGUGUAUUUGCAGCCAUUUGCGCACCCAUGAGUAGGGCCAGACGGAAUUUGCAGAUGUUUUUUGCUAUUUCUGCGGAGAAUUUUGGUAAAAAUCUGUGGAUUUCUGUGGAAUUAUUUUGGGAGUAUCAUAACUAAAACCUUAA